GUUGCGUUUGGAGUUGCCGUUCAUGUUUAUUCUUACCUUCCCAACCUGCUGUUACCUCCGUGGAAGGCUUUUUUGUCAAAAGCUACGAGUUCGCUUUGGGAAGAGCGCGUGUUGCUGCGGGAGCAAACGCGUAAUGCAUGACACAGGUCAACCAGAGGGUCACAUCAACGGAAUGCUGCACAGUGAGAGGGUGGCCAUCCUGGAUGCCGGCGCCCAGUAUGGCAAAGUCAUCGACAGGCGCAUUCGUGAACUUUGUGUGGAAUCCGUGAUGCUUCCACUUUCCACUCCGGCAAAGUCAUUGGUAGCUCAAGGUUACAAGGCAAUUGUCAUAUCGGGUGGUCCUGGCUCAGUGUAUGCCCCUGAUGCCCCAAAGUAUGACCCUGAAAUCUUCCAGUGUGGCCUGCCUGUCCUGGGUAUAUGUUACGGCAUGCAGAUGAUCAACCGUGAGUUUGGCGGCACUAUAACCCAGAAGGAUUCUAGGGAAGAUGGUCAGUUCAAGAUCCUGUUGGACCAGAAGUGUCCAUUAUUCAAGGGUUUGGAACGAGAGGAGGAAGCACUGCUCACUCACGGCGACAGCGUUGACAAAGCUGCGGAGCAGUUUAAGGUCAUUGCUACGUCAGGCAACACUGUAGCAGCCAUUGGUAACGAAAAGAUGAAGCUGUACGGAGUGCAGUUCCACCCUGAGGUUGACCUAACACCGAAGGGAAAAGCCAUGUUCACAAACUUUUUAUACGACAUUGCUGGGCUCACUGGAAACUUCACCCUUCAAAGCAGAGAAGUUGAGUGCGUAGACUAUAUCAGAAGCGUUGUUGGAAGCAGCAAAGUUUUGAUGCUGGUGAGCGGUGGUGUAGACUCCACAGUCUGCGCUGCCCUUCUGCACAAGGCUUUGAACGAAGACCAAGUUAUUGCUCUUCAUAUAGACAAUGGCUUCAUGCGGAAAGAAGAAAGUGUGCAGGUGGAGAAGUCACUGAGGCAUCAGGGGCUGAAGCUCAAGGUGGUGGAUGCCUCACACCAGUUCUACAAUGGCACGACCACAGUGCCCGUCGACCCUAGGGAGCCGCAGCGCAAACGAACAACACGCAUGCUCUGUCAGACAGCCCACCCCGAGGAGAAGCGCAAGAUCAUCGGGGACACGUUCAUGAGGGUUGCUAACGAAGUAAUAGGGGAACUGCACUUGAAUCCUGAAGACGUAUAUCUCGGUCAGGGAACUUUACGUCCUGACUUAAUUGAGAGUGCUUCUCACUUGGCUAGUGGAGCAGCAGAUGCCAUCAAGACUCACCACAAUGACACUGACCUCGUACGUGCUCUUCGAGAAAAAGGCCGAGUGGUGGAACCCUUGAAGGACUUCCACAAGGACGAAGUGCGGAUUCUCGGCAGGGACCUUGGCUUGCCAGUGGAACUAGUUCAGCGGCACCCCUUCCCAGGUCCUGGUCUUGCUGUCCGUGUUCUAUGUGGUGAAGAACCAUACAUGGAAAAGGACUUUUCUGAAACGAGCGUCAUGGUCAGGAUCAUAAUCGAUUAUGCCAAUGCUCUGAACAAGAAGCAUUCCCUUAUCAACAGGGUACAGAACGGCACAACGGAUGAAGAGUGUGAUUUUCUUACUAAAGUUUCUCAGGAAUAUCGACUUACGUCAACACUGCUACCAAUUAAGAGUGUCGGUGUUCAGGGUGACCGUAGGACGUACAGUUAUGUUGUUGGUCUGUCAUCAGCCGAGGAGCCAUCUAACUGGGAGGACCUGAUACGGUUAGCCAAGCUCAUCCCUAAAAUCUGUCAUAAUAUCAACAGGGUGUGUUACGUGUUUGGUGGGCCCGUGGCCUUCCCCGUUCAAGACAUCACACCCACGUAUUUAACCCCACGUGUGCUGAGCACACUACGAGAAUGCGACCACGUGGCACAAUCUGUCCUGCGUGCGUCGGGCUACAGUACGGUGCUCUCCCAGAUGCCCGUCAUUCUCCUUCCACUGCACUUCGACCGUGACGUAGUGAGCCGUCAGCCGUCCUGCCAACACUCCAUCGUCAUACGUACGUUUAUUACGGAAGACUUCAUGACCGGUAUACCUGCUACGCCCAACAAGCAUCUUCCUCUUGAGGUAAUCAAGAAGAUGGUGAACGAAGUCCAAGCAGUACACGGAAUUUCCCGCGUCCUCUAUGACCUUACCCCCAAGCCACCUGGAACAACAGAGUGGGAGUAAAGCCUGUUAGUGUUCAUAAACAAAAGCACAUGGAAAGGGCUGUGCCACCUUUUAUCAGAUCAGCGCACAGAAAUAAUGCCUGGUUCCUUACGUGUCAUGUUUAUAGGCCCCGUUUGUAGAAAUUUUUCUUUGGUAAGCAAACGCAACUAGGAAAAUGUUUGUUCCAGCAUCCGCAAAAGUUAUUUCUGCUCUUGUAUUUUGAAAAAUUAUUGCUGUAUGCCUGCUGGAGCACUGAAAAAAAAAAAGUAUCUGGCAACAUUGCUUUGCUAAUUUUCCAUCUGAGGUGGCACAGCUAUUACAGCAGCAACGAGAGAGAUUUUGUCAUGUGACUAGCGUUAGGCAGUUAUUUUUAUUUUAUUUUUUUCCCCCUCCCCGCUGUUACUUCGUUCCAGAUGGCCAUCUGUGGCAUUACGUGAGGUUUUAUUCCCGGAGACAUUUCAGUGAGUUCUAUGCAAGGGUGAAAUUAGCUGGAGUGAUGUAAACAGGUGGCCAGAUUAAAGGAACUGUUGCAUUUUAGUUUGGGAUACUUGUUUUCCUUUCCUUUACUUUUUACAAAAUUAUCAUCGUUCAUCUUGCUCCUUCUGUAUGGCUUGUUGGGUGUAACAAACACCUGUACAUAAUUGUGUAUGGGCCAUCAAUUUCUAAAAUAAAUGGUAUUGAAGAAGCACA